AUGGGAACCCCAGCUCUGCAUCUUCCACCUGCAAUCUCCGCAUCUGCUAUCCAGCAACUGUUGUCUGAAAUUGGGCUUCCGGAGGCAGCAGCCAUUGAGCCACUAAACGUGACAGCUGCCUUUCACUCCAUCUACCUACUGCAAUUUACAGAAUCAGAAUCAUCUAGUAAACUGCCGUCAAGCAGCACUACCGGAAGUCAUUCUAGGACAUUGGUGCUAAGAGUGUCUGGGAACCACAUCCCGCGCAUCAAGACACUGAAUGAAGUGGCCGUCCUCAAAUGGAUCAAGGCUAAUUGCCCAACCAUCCCAGUACCCGAAGUUGUUAGUUACAGCGCAGACGAUUCGAAUACCCUGGGGAGAGAGUUCACAAUACUCGAAUGUGUACCCGGAACUAGUGUCGACAAGAUAUACCCCGACUUGACUGAAGGAAAGAAGCUCAAGCUUGUGUCGCAACUAACCGACAUCAUACUUGAAUUGAAUAAGCACCAAUGGAAUCAUGUCGGAGGCUUAACAAUAUCAUCAGCGGGAGAUAUAGUCCCGGGACCUGCUCUGGAAGAUACGUUCUGGCUUGUCCCUGAUAUUCAAGAGCACUGGGGGAGCACUGAGACGGUCGAUACACUCAAUCCGACUGGCACUUAUCCUUCACACGCAGCAUAUGUCACUACUUACUUGAAGCUCUUUAUCUACUCUAUCGAUCGACAUCCUAGCCUAUCCUUGCUGCAGCAAGAUUUCAAGCCUCGGCUCCAGGCACUUGUCGCUCUCAUCCCCAAAAUCACAGCAUUGGAUAAGACAGAGUUGGUUCUGGCACACAAAGAUCUCCACUUUGCAAAUAUUAUGGCGAUCUCAGAUGGCACCAUCACAGGAAUUUUGGACUGGGAAUUUGCCGGCGUGGUACCUGCGUUGCGCUGGGAUCCUGUCAGGGCAUUCCUUUGGAAUGGACAGGAUAGUCAGGUGGCAAAUGAUGAAAAGUAUCGCCUACAGCAGAUAUUUGAGGAUGAGCUCACGAAGAGAGGCGAAAAGCUGUGGUGGAAGGAUACUGAUCCGCAGGUGGACAGUAUUUGGACAGUCAUUCGUUAUGUGCGAGCAAUCGUCGAAGUUUGUCCGCGAGGACAGAAGCUUGAAGCAGCCAAGGGCUGGAGAGAUGCUGCUGCAGAGGCACUGCUAGCUUUGGGUGUUUAA